AGUAUAAAAUGCGAGGAGACUAGACGAUGGAUAUCAUUUCCUUCCUUUACCAUGGCUCUUAAGGUUGUCAUAUUCUUCGCAUUCGUCGCCGCCGUGAGCGCCGGGCUCAUUCCUUCGGCACUCAAGAUUGAGACGCCGGUCAUUGCUUCACUUCCAUCAGCGAUUAAGUACGAAAUUCCCCCGACCUCAAGAGUUGAGCAUCUUCCACCAGUGAUCACCACCUCUUACGGCUACUCCACCCUGCCGCUCAAGCACGAAGUCGUCGCGCCGGCCGUCAAGAUUGAAGCCGCACCAGUCGCUGUUGCCGCCGCACCCCUCACCACCCACGUGGAAAUCCCAGCAGUAUCACGUGUCGAGCAUUUGGCACCCGCCGUCGCAUCCACCUACAAGACCGAAGUGAUCACUGCACCAAAGGUCCACGUGACCCACACUCCCGCCGUCCACAGAAUCGAGCACUUCGCACCGUCCAUCAAGGCCGAGGUGAUCUCGCCUGCCGUCGCACACGUCGCCCCAUUACUUAAAAGUGAACUCCUUGCCGCCCCCGCCGUCAAGAUCGAAACUCCCGCAAUCGCCACCGUCCAACACCUGGCACCAGCCGUGUCACACCUGAGAACCGAGCUGCUCGCAUCGCCCGCCAUCAAAGUGGAAACCUCGCCUUUGAUCCACCUCCAUACGCCGACUGUGGCCAGGAUUGAUCAUCUGGCCCCCGCCGUCCAUUUCGCGCCAGCCCUGAAAUCGCAUAUCAUCGCCGAGCCAACUUUGAAAUUCGACCUUGACCACCACCAUUUACUUAAACACUUGACCUUCUAAAUGUGAACCGUUUGUAAAA